CCCCAAUUAAAUACCCUCCAAACCCACAUCUCUAAAAGUGCCUUUUAAUUCCCGUUACUGGCCACCCUCUGUUUCUUCUUCACUGGAUCGAGGGGUGGAGCUGUACUGCUCGGAAGCAAUAGAUUGAUACAGUUAAUAAUACCCUUCAAUGGACGCUAUAAAGAAGCAAGCAGCCAAGCUCAGAGAGCAAGUGGCCAAGCAGCAACAGGCACGCGUGAUGAUAUCUUCUCCCUUUGUAAACUUAUAUCAAAAUAUAGACUAAGGCAUCCAAAUGACUCUACACCUAGUUCUAUGAGUCUGAAUUUUCUCUUUGGCUAGACAAUUCUGAGGCACUUGGGUCAGCUGGGGCAUGAAGCUUUGAUGGUAGAUGAGUCUGAACUACAGUGUCACCAACAACUUGAGAAUUUAUACAGAUCCACUAGGGAUGCAAAGCAUUUUCAGAGGGAUAUAGUUCGAGGCAUAGAAGGAUAUAUAUCGACAAACAAAAAACAAAUGCAUAUAGUUAGAAAGCUGGCUGAGGAUUCUUGCAAUUAUGGGAUUGAAUGUGCUUGUAAUGCUCCUCUUGCAAUGGCCACUUCUAACUUUGGCGCCUCACAUACUGUGAUUCAAGACCAAAAGGAAACUUUACUUGGAAUUCUUGGACAGCAGGUUUCAGAGCCAAUUCGUGCAUCAAUAAGUGGUGCUCCUUUAGAAGAUGCUCGUCAUUUGAUUCGCCGUUAUGAUAGGAUGCGCCAGGAACUUGAAUCCCAGGCUGCUGAAGUAAUAAGACGACAAUCAAAGUUCAGAGAUGCUUCUUCUGAGAGUUUAGGGAAGCUUAAGGAUGCUGAAAGAAGGUUGAGUGAGCUUAAAACCUCCAUGUUGAUUCUUGGGAAGGAAGCAGCUAAGGCCAUGCUUGCUGUAGAGGAGCAGCAGCAGCAGAUAACUUACCAUAAGCUACUCAAAAUGUUUCAGCUGGCAGGUGGAUGCUGAAAGAUCAUAUCAUCGAAGUGUUGUUUCUUUAUUGGAGAAGCUACAUUUAGAAAUGAUUACAGACGAAGAAGAACUAAAUGAGUCUCUGCAACAAGACUCAUCAACUGCACAAACAGAGACAGCUUCAAAGAGAUCUACUGCCCAUCCACAAUUUGUAAAGGUCUUACACUCAUUUGAUGCUGAAGCAGACGGCGAGCUAAGUCUUGAAGUUGAUGAUUAUGUUGUAGUCCGUCAGGUAGCUCCUAACGGAUGGUCGGAAGGAGAAUGCAAUGGCAAAGGUGGAUGGUUUCCCUCAGCUUAUGUCCAAAAGAUAACACCUCGUGGCCUCACAUCAGCAGCCAAAGAUGAUUCUUUUCUUCCAAAUAACUAAAAUACUAAAUAAAUACGGAUUAUUUUAAAUGUAUGUAUUCUUUUGUGUAAAAUUUUCAAUCGGGGCGUGACUCACAUGAUAAGAAGAUUGAAGAAAGUGCCACAAAGGAGAGGUUCCAGUUUGAACUCCAAGUAAUGACUUCAGACGAAACCUUACACUUUUUCCAUCAGAGUGAUCAAAAUUCAAGUUACAUCCUUCUAGAUAAUUGUCCGGUUGAUUUCCGGAGGCUCUCAGGGAUGGAAUGGCAUGGCAUUCUUUUGUGUAAAAUUCUCAAUUGUACAGUGCAGUCUGCAAACACCUCAGAACGUUAUCAUAAUUUUCUUGUCUAUGUAGUAUAGUUAUAAUGGAAGUGUAAUUUGGUUUAAGUUCUUAAUUGAAAAAUAAAAGGAAAAUUGUCAAUUGAAAGUUUUUUUUUGGGAAAAUAAGCCCUUGUAUUCUUAC